AAUUGCGCGGUUUCGGGGAGGGGGUGAGGUUGUGCAACACGUCACCGCAACCGGCUGGUGACUGCGUGACGUCACCGGGACUGCACGGUAGUGCUGACGUCAUGGCGGGUUGAGGGAGCAUGGCAACGGCUUCAGCUUGAUGGGCUCCGACAGAGGGACCCGGGGCGGCGCCGGCGGGGGGGAGGGACACGGGCCUGCGGGCAGACCGCACUCUCUCUCAGGGAAGGAACCGGAAAGUGAAAUCGGGCCCGGAGAAUUGUAACUAAUCAGAAUGGAAACUUAUCAGACCCUGUCUUUCUGUAGCUGUGAAUUAAGUGUCAGAAAAUGAAACAGAUGAAUUCUGAAACUUUGUGGAUAGUAUUUAUCCUGGCUUCCUGCUGUGCAGUGCAGGCAGCGGAGUUUGUAGAUGUGGCCAACCAUGCGAUCAAACUGCACAGAGGGAGAGGAGCAACAAUCACUAAAGGGACACUAUGGAUCAUGGAGAAUUGUAAGAAGUUGUCUGGCAUGCUUCGCCAGAAGAAUGUAGUAUUGAAUAAAUUGAAGAAAGCAAUUAAAGCUGUUGGAGCGGACUCGAGACUAUCAACGGCAGAGAAGAUCUUUCAGGUCCAUACGUUCGAAAUCUUCCAGGCAGAGCUGAAUGAGAGUGAGAAAUCAGUGUUCCAGGCAGUCCAUGGGCUUGAAAGAGUUCUUCAGGGGGAUUAUAAAGAUAUAGUGAACAUGAGAGAAAGCAGCAAGCAACGUCUGGAAGCCUUGAGAGAAGCUGCUAUUAAGGAGGAAAAGGAGUAUGUGGAGUUAUUGGCUGCAGAGAAACAUCAAGCUGAGGCACUCAAAAAUAUGCAGCAUGCAAACAGAAGCUUAUCAAUCCUGGAUGAAAUUCUUGAAGAUGUGCGGAAGGCUGCAGAUCGCUUGGAGGAGGAGAUUGAUGACCAUGUGUUUGACAACAACAAAUUGGUCCGUGGUGGAAACGUUGAAGCUGUUAUUAGAGUUGAAGAGGACCAGGAAGACCACAAGCAAAACCUUUCUGUGCAUGAAGUAGAGGGUGGUUUGGGGCUGAGUAUGCUCAUUGACUCUCAGAACAACCAGUACAUCCUGACCAAACCCAGGGACUCCACAAUCCCACGAGCUGAUAUUCACUUUAUCAAGGAUAUAAUUUCCAUUGUGGUGAUAUCUCUGCCUUGUGGCUGGAUUUGUACCUUAAUGGGGCUUCCUACAAUGUUUGGUUAUAUUGUUUGUGGGGUUCUCUUGGGUCCCUCAGGACUAAACCGCAUCAAGUCCAUUGUGCAAGUAGAAACACUUGGCGAGUUUGGUGUGUUCUUCACCCUGUUUGUUGUUGGCCUGGAAUUUUCUCCUGAUCGGCUCAGAAAGGUCUGGAAGAUUUCUUUGCAAGGUACCAGUUAUAUGACAGUUCUGAUGGUUAUAUUUGGAUUACUCUGGGGACAUCUGUUGAAUAUCAGGCCAACGCAAAGUAUUUUUAUUUCCACAUGUUUAUCUCUAUCAAGUACCCCAUUAGUAUCCAGAUUCCUUGCACUUGGUGCCAGAGGAGACAAAGAAGGUGAUGGAGAUUAUAGCAGUGUGCUGCUUGGAACACUGGUGAUGCAGGAUGUUCAGCUGAGUUUAUUCAUUGCCGUGAUGCCCAUGCUAACUCAGGCAGGCAGUAGCACAUCUAACAGUAUAAUUUUAGAAAUACUGCGGAUUUUUGCUCUUAUUGGUCAAAUUCUGUUUUCGUUGGCGGCAAUUCUUCUGAUAUCUCUUGUGGUGAAGACAUACCUCAUUGGACCAUUUUACAGAAAACUACACACAGAGGGUAAAGGAAAUAGAGAGAAACUUGUCCUAGGAAUUUCAGCAUUUAUCUUUCUUAUGUUAAUGGCGACUGAGAUGUUAGAUGUCUCCAUGGAGCUGGGUUGUUUCUUGGCUGGGGCAUUGAUUUCAUCACAAGGCCACGUUGCUACGGAGGAAGUUAUGUUGUGCAUGGAGCCCAUACGGGAUUUUCUGGCUAUCAUUUUCUUCACUUCAAUUGGUCUUCAUGUUUUCCCAACAUUUGUGCUUUAUGAGCUGACAGUCCUCAUGUGCCUUACACUGGCGGUUGUGGUGUCCAAGUUUAUCCUGGCAGUCCUUGUCCUCUCUGUGAUCCUACCAAGGAACAGCAAGUACAUCAGAUGGAUAGUUUCUGCUGGGUUAGCCCAAGUCAGUGAGUUUUCCUUUGUUCUGAGUAGUCGGGCUCGUAAGUCGGGGAUUGUCUCCCGAGAGGUCUACCUCCUCAUCCUUAGUGUAACUACCUUAAGCCUUCUACUUGCCCCAGCAUUGUGGAGAGCAGCAAUUCUGAAAUGCGUUCCAAAGCCGGAAAAGCGGUUGAGCUCCUAACAGAAGAUGGUGGUUUGCCAGUUACUUUGUUUAUUAGAUUCCACGUGGUGUGAAAUCCUAAUUCCUCACCCUUUCAAUAAGCCAUACUGACAGAUGUACACAACUUGGUUUUCUCUACUAAAUAGACUUGCUCAGUUAUACUCUACAUUAUCUCCUGAUGCCUUUUCCUUUGACUGAGAACUGAAUUUGGAAAGGGGGGCAUUCAUUACUUUUUGAAUCUUAUUACAAAAGCAUUUCAUAUCAAUUUUUUGGCAUUCAGAUGAAUAAAAAUGAUCAUGAAAUGCAUUGACUGUCUUCAAGAUAAGAACUUUCUUUGCAAACAAUGAAGGGAUGAAUUAAGAUGUAGUUUUUGAUCAGAUUGUGAUGAUUUAUGAGUAUCAGUGGGUGAUGUUUCCAUUGAGAGAUGGCAGUGCUCUGUGCCUCAGAUCAACUAUAUAUUUCAGACUGGAAAAUGGGAUGAGAAUAAAUGUGUUCUUGAUGACUGAUUAGCCAAAGGGCCACUUUCCGCACUUUGUUUUUUAAAAAAAAAUCUCUAUGACUGGCUUUCACACUAACGAUCUGUCAACCACUUUCUGAACUAUGACAUGACCCAGUACAUUUUAGUGUAGGUUUUUUGAAUGCUGCAGAGUUUUGGUAUUCUGUCAUAAAGGGAUAAAUAUUACAGUGAAUAUCACUGUCAAACAACUUUUUGAUUUUAAAAUUCCCAUUCCUGUUUUAAGUAUUUCCAUGGCUUCUCCCCUCCCCGUCUGCAUAAUCUUUUGCGGCUCCAAAAACCCUCCUAUACCUCCUAUCAUUGAAUUCUGACCUCUUACAUGUCCUUGGUUUUAAUUGUUCCACCAUUGGUGGCAGUGACUUCAGCUCCCAGGGCCUUUGCUCGAAUACCUUGGCUGUGUGGGACUGGCAGAGAAAGUCUUGGAGCCUGGUACUUUGGUGAAGCUGGUCAGUGCAUAAAAUUACAUGUGCGCUGUGAUGCUGCUAGUUGUUUAUCUGAGAAGGUUACUUCUAUGGGUACAUACUCUUUCAAAAUCCGAUCACUUAACAACAGGAACAGAUUCUGCUGUUCGACUUGUUUGGGACCAGCACCAUACCCUGUAAAGAAAUUACGUAAACAUUCCUGGAAGCUUCAUUUUAUUGUUGGCCAUUGUAUUGUUGUCACUUCCAUGUAGAAAGGUAGGUGUGAGAUUUAGGCUGCUCUCUCUGGCACUUCUAAAGGAGCCAUCAUGUGAUUCAAGGGCCCAAAACUCAUUGGUGGACAAAGUCAAGUUGUGGACAUGCUUCAAGCUGCAUCUGUUCUGUCUAGAAAUUAUAAUAGGGUAAUGUCUUAUUUCUUUAGUACCCCACUUUAAACACCAUUCUUCAGCAUCAUCAUUCUACUCCCAACAAAUUGUAGUGUUCCUAAUACACUUACUCUUUGAAUCAAGUAUGAAUCUAGUUUUAGCUGGAGUGCACCACCUGUGAGCAUGCUUAAGGUAAAUUCAGUCAUGACUUUCUGAAGAGGGAAGAUUUGCAGUGGUUUGGGGGAAAAGUGGGAGUGGCACCAAAUGGGUGAAUACGGCGAGCCUGUACGGAGUCUUAACGGGCUGAAUGGUCAUCUCUAUUGUAACCUUCAGUAAUUCCUUUUGAUUUAGUAUUAGCAAGCACUGAGCUAUGCCAUUUCCCAGUGACAACCACCAGUUCUUAAUACUGCACUGACGUUGAAGUUGUUUGCUUGGUACCUCUUUGGUUCUUCUGAUUGGUUGCUGAAGCUUUGACUGAAAUCCUAGUUGCACUGUCUGUUGAAGUUGUGACCACUUGGUAGAACCUUGAGGAAGCUCUGGGCUGUAAAUGUUUGCAUUUUCAUUGUUAAGGUAAAUAAAGUAAUAUAACUUCC